AUGGUGUCUACCGUGACGAUGGAGCCCCGGGGGGCUGUUGUCUACUUGGACGAGAGGUUCAUUCAUCACCAUUACACCCGACAUGACGACAGCCUGUACCACCCUGAUGACCAUACCACCAAGCCGAAACACAAGGGACAACGGUACUGCUUUGUGGCUGGGAUCCUUGAUGAUGAAUCCGAUGUGGCGCACAUACUGGGACUCGAUAUAUUCGUUGACUACCAUUCCAUGUUUAACCACGACUACUUUGUCGACUGGUUUCGCAAGCUGUUGGAUGAGGUCGAAGAGCUGGGGUGGUCGUCGUCUGUUGAGUUUGUCAUGGACAAUGCAAAAUACCACAAGGGAAAGUCAAAAGGCACACCAAAGGGGACGUGGAAGAAGGACGAUCUCUACCAGGCCUGCGUCAAGUAA